CAAGUUGCCAGCGACCAGGAACAAGGUUGUGGUACAACUGUAACUCAUGACCAUCAUCUUUUAUUAGAAAACCUGCUUUCACUUGAAACACGAGGUGAGAGUAUCAGUAAAACCAUCGUUUCUGUUACUUAUCACCAUACCAAUCCCUUUCAUUAGGAACUAUUAUGUCUGGCAUCGCCGAGUCCACUAUCGCAGUCGAGCAUCUGACUUACCAUCAUGUUCCUAAUUCCCCCCCUUCUUUGGAUAAUGUCACGUUUCAUCUCCGGCCUGGUUCUCGAACAAUUUUGGUUGGCGCCAAUGGAGCCGGAAAAUCUACACUCCUGCAGAUCUUAGCCGGUAAAAGACUGGUAAAAGAUGCUGAGAUUCGUAUAAAUGGCCUAGAUGUCUUCAGGGAUUCCCCGCCCGGCGUUACCUUCCUGGGUACGGAGUGGGCAAUGAAUCCAGUGGUCCGGAGCGAUAUCGUGGUAUCUACUUUCUUGGACUCCGUGGGAGGAUAUAAACACAAGGAGAGGAGAGACAGACUUCUAGACAUUCUAGAUGUGGACUUAGACUGGCAUAUGCAUGCAAUUUCCGAUGGAGAACGUCGCCGUAUCCAACUUUGCAUGGGCCUCAUGGCACCAUGGAAUGUUCUUCUCUUAGACGAAGUCACUGUUGACCUUGAUGUCAUGGUUCGUGAUGAAUUACUUACUUUCCUUCGAGAGGAUAGCAUCGCCCGUGGAGCUACCAUUAUUUACGCAACACAUAUUUUCGACGGACUCAAUUCAUUCCCUACUCACGUAGCCCACAUGCGUUUCGGAUCCUUUGCCACAGAACCUACUGCAUGGCCGUCUGGAUUUACAAAUGGAUCUCAGCUCCCUACAUUAUACAACACUGCUCUGCAGUGGCUUAGAAAGGACCGUGAUUACCGCCGAGAACUUGAGAAUCAGGGGCGAAAAGGCCGCGGUGCGAGAGAUGAGACUGUCCCUUCAGACUCUGAGACGUUCUACAAGAAAUAUGAUUAUAGUCAUUAAGACACCACACCACCACGCUGCCGCGAGUUUUAUUGUGGACGCAUCAACUGCACGGUUUCACAACACGGUUAUAUCCCUUCAGUUUCAACAACCUGUAGCAAUAGCAUUACAAGCCAUACCUGUAUUCAACAUGCACUGCCUAAAUUACGAUGUCUGCUGUCCGAAGAAUCUGGACGGGCCACUUGCAGUUGGACAC